UAAAAUGUCCUAUUGCAAAGAUAUAGGACUGGACCUCUCCUCUAUAUUUUUGGAACCUAGUGUCCAAUUUUGUAAUAAAAUAAACAAAGGUGCAGUAAUAGAAAUAUUCAAUUUUGGAAAAUCCAAACAAAUGGAAUACAUGAAAAUUGUGCGCAAACUUGGAAAAAUUGCUGGAAUAGAAAAUGUAAAUGUCGAAGCAUGUCUAUCCAAAAUACACAGAGUGGUUGGUGCAGAUAAAAAGAAAAGGGGUAAUUUACGAGAACAGUAUAGAAAAGAAGAAUUUGAGAUUCCAGUAUACAUGGACAAUUUGAGGAUAUCUGCACAAAGGUCUGCACAAUCUAAAGACAGCGAAGAAAAGGCUGAGGUAAAAUUAAGUUCCCUCACAGAGAAACUACAGGAAAGACGAACAAAGGUAAUUGAAUUGACAGAAAAGAACAAGCAGUUAAAAAGAAAACUAGAAAGGAAAGAGAAGCGAAUGGAAGUCGGUAAAGCAAAGAAAGCAAAGGAAGAUCAAAGUAUAAAAACUGUUAUCAAAAUGGAGAAGGAACUAGUUUCAAAAAAUAAAUUACUAGAGAAAGCAAAGAUUAGAAACAAACAACAUUCAAGUUCACUGGUAGAUUCCAACAGAAAAGUUCGAUUCAUUUCCAAGAAACUGGAAGCAACAGAAUAUACAGUUGAGAAACUACAAAGUACUUUGAACCAAUUAGAAGAGAAAUAUGAUGAUGCAAUAGCCAAAAAAAAUCAUUUAGAGGAAGAACUUAAGGAACUUUCAAUGUCAAAUGACUAUUUACAAGGACUUCUAGAGAAUGAAGCAGACUUGUAUCUUUUUGAUCCUGAACAGAACAAAUUUACUCCAGAACUUGUUGAGUGUGCAAUGAAUUUGACGAACUUAAAAGUUGCUUCUCGAAAUGUUGGACCAGUUAUCAAAGAGGUUGCAGGUUUAUGUGGGAAAAUACCUAAUAAACUUCCUUCACGCUCAGCUGUAGAUAACUUUAAUGAUAGAAAACUCGCAAUAUCCCAAAAGCACUUGGGAGCAGUGGCUGCCUCAAAAUCCAAUACUACUCUUUACACAGAUGAAACUCGCAAGUAUGGGCAUACUUAUCAAACAUAUCUCAUUACUGACAUGGACAGAAAUUCUUACCUACUAGGCCUAAGGGAAAUGGUCAAUAAGAGUGGCCAAUGCACUUUAGACACAUUGAAAGAAAUACUGGGAGAUAUAGACUCAUAUUGUAAAAUGCAGGAGGAGCAAGAAGAACAAGUGAGAUCUACUGUUGGAAUGGAGUUAUUAACAAACAUCCGCAACACGAUGUCAGAUAGGGCCAGCACGGAAAAAAAUUUUAAUAAAUUGUUGCAGCAAUACAAGAAUGAAAUUUUCCCAGAAAUACAGCUAAAUUUCAACAGUCUUACUGACGAUGAACAACAAUUGUGUAGUCAGAUUAAUAAUUUUUACUGUGGAUUACAUCUGCUUAUAGGCAUAGCUGAUGUUUGUGAAGCUGCCAUAAAAAAAUUUGAAAUAGAAUAUUUAGAUGGAAAAUUGAUUGGGUCUGCAGAAAAGCCAGAAUUGCAACGGUACCACAAGGCAGAAAGUGGCACUCUCCGACUCUUGAGAACAAGCAGCAAAGCAUUUGCGAUGGGGGAGGAUGAAAAAAAUGGUGUUUUUCUUCCAUGGAAAACAUACUUAAAUUCCAAAGGAGAAAAAAAAAAUUACAUUCAAAGGUUUAAACAUAACCGAUUCAACAUGAUUUUUAUGAUAGGACAAUCUGUGUUUUACCACCAUGAAGAUAUCCCCCAUUUUCUGAGUAAUGUACACGGUACGACAAAUGAUUUAUUGAAAGCAGUCAGAUAUGAUUCCGAAGAACCCUUGUACCUUGCUGGUGCCAGAACACUUGGUUUGCUUUCAAAAUUUGUGACCGCUCCAUUAUGGCGUCUCAUCGAGAGUCCGGGACAUAUUUUGGACAUGAAUAUCAACUACCAGACCCUUGUUCAAUACCUGGAUACAGCUUCCGCAGAGGAAGAUGUUGCUAAUGAUUUCCUUCAUGGAAGCUCAAUGCCUUUCCCAACUCCGAUGGAUGAAAACGACAAAGUUUUAAGUAAACUUAUAAGAGAAGAUGACAAGCUUGACCCAAUUUGUCUUCCACUUUUACAGACUCUUUUCAGAGCCAUCAAGGAAUUGUUAAAAAGAAUGAUUCCUGAACAUUUACCAGAGGGACAAUUCUGGGAAACCUCAGCCGCAGUCCGGAAACAAACAAGCUCGGUGAUGAAACACAACAAACUUCCUGAGUUUAUUUUCGGACAGUUAGAUCAUCUCCUCUCUUUUCGUCCAAAUGCAUCUGUACUUGCGAAUGAAGCUUACCUUAUGUAUGCCUUCAACAAAACAAGUGAAUGGUUGAGGAAGUUACCACCAGAUGAAAGAGAGAAAAUCAUCGAGAAUUCCAGGAAAGGAGGAAGAGAAAUUAGGAAACUUUUUAAAGACCGGUUACAAGAGAUUGAAAAUAAAAGAUUAGAAGCGCAGAGAAGGAAACAGAUGGAACUGGAGAGGUUGGAGAAAGAGAGAAUAAGAAGAGCAGAAGAGAUGACCAAUGAUGUUUGUUAUUAUGGACUGUGGCAGAGUCAACAACAAGUAGAAGAGGGCAUGGGGAGAAUAAGGAACGAGAAGGAAUUGAUUAAUGCUUUACAAGCACAACUGAAAUUCCGAAAGAAUGUCUUGAAACAGAAGCACAAGGACAGCAAAAUAUUUAACUUAUCAAGAAAGAAACCUGAUGGUAAAUAUGAAAAACUAUCUGUCCAGGACUUAAAGAAAAACAUUUUGCUUUUAAUAGCAUCUGCAGCAAGUAUCCACACUAGUGAAAUAAAAUAUUCAGAUGCACCCCUUCUCGUUGGAAAACUAGUAGAACAUACAUUCGCAGACAAACAAAAGUACAAAGGAAAAGUCCUUGGAGUUGUACCCGGUUUUCCAACAUGGUACAACAUCAAAUAUGAAAAUGAUGAAGCUAUUUAUGCUUAUAACUUGUUAGAUGAUUACAGAAAAGGGGAACUUAAAAUUGUCUUUUCAUAGUGCAACAGGCACAACAUGAUUAACAGAUUAAGAUGUACAUAUUUCAAAUUUACUUUUUGAUUGAAUGUUCAUGAGGAUUUUUAUAGACUUUUUUUAGAUAUACAUGUAUAUGGCAAAGUCAAGUCCCUUUUUAUGUGUAAGGAUCUUCAGUUAAAAAGUUUCAGUGUUUUACAUUUGUUUUAUCAUUGCAUGUCCUCACAGGUAGUGAGUUUUUAUAGCAUGUCUCCUCAGAUGACAAGUUAUUAUUAUUUAAAAUUUUAAUUAUUAUUUGUAUGUCAAUAAUGAGAUAUCUAAUUUCUAAAAUUAGAAUUCUUUUGGGAAAAAAAUUAUUGAAUGCAUAUUUAAUGAAAUUUGAUCCUUGUAUUAACAGUUCAUUCUUAUU